AACAAAAAAUAAAUGUAUAAAUAAUAAAAACUCAAAGAAAAUGAGAUCUGUCAAGAUAUGGAGACCUCGUCAUCUGAAAAGGUAAAGAAAUACAAAGAUCUACCUAUGCUUCCUCCACUUCCAGACUCUCUCUCCAUUCUUGUUCACGCACUCAAUGUUCCAAUCUCCUUCUCUCAACGUAAAGAAACAAACAAAGGUGCGGGGAGUAGUCGUCACGACGCGGGGAGCUGGGUCGAGGUGUGGGGAGCUGGGUUAGAAGCGAUGGCCGAGGAACGGCGUCGCUGUGCGGGAGAGGCGCCGAUCGACGUCAGCGGAAGGAGGAGGAGAUUUGGGACGACGGACGAGAGAUGGAGGAGAGUGAGCAGUUGCUUUGCUACAUCGCUCGACUCGACGAAAGGGAAGGGGGGAAUUAGAUUUAUUCCCAACCUCCAGAAAUCUUGACGUUUCAUCACUAGCCAGUAGUCGGAUAAGUCCGGUCAGACCCCGAUUUUGACCCACUUUGACCGGUUGUCGGCUAGCUAGGAAUAUGGUUGGCGCUGGCCUUUUUUCAGUUUUUGUGCUAGGUUUCGGUUCAACCCUGCCAGACCGACUGGUUGGAAUUGGGUUUGACAACCUUAUGUUUAACCCAAACACAAGAAGUGAAUUUCAUUGUGAGUUCCUUCGAUCUAAUACAGUUUUCGGACAAGUUAGACUCAUGAACAAAACAAGAACCGAUAGUAAAAUGUGCAUAAUUGG